AUGGAAUGGGUCAAUGAGUCUGAAGUGAGGGAAUUCGUCUUCCUUGGAUUCUCUUCUCUGGCUGGGCUGCAGCAGCUUCUCUUCAUUAUCUUCCUGCUCCUCUACCUGUUUACCCUGGGCACCAAUGCCAUCAUCAUUUCUACCAUUGUGCUGGACAGAGCCCUUCACUCCCCCAUGUAUUUCUUCCUUGCCGUCCUCUCCUGCUCUGAGACUUGCUACACCUUCGUCAUUGUACCCAAGAUGCUGGUCGACCUGUUGACCACGAAGAAAACCAUCUCCUUCCUGGGUUGUGCCAUCCAGAUGUUCACCUUCCUCUUCCUCGGCUGCUCUCACUCCUUCCUGCUGGCGGCCAUGGGUUAUGAUCGUUAUGUGGCCAUUUGUAACCCACUGCGCUACACAGUACUCAUGGGACCUGGGGUUUGUGUGGGCCUGGUGGCUGCAGCCUGUGCCUGUGGCUUCACUGUUGCACAGAUCAUCACUGCAUUGAUAUUUCACUUGCCCUUCCACUCUUCCAACCGGCUCCACCACUUCUUCUGUGACAUCUCUCCUGUCCUCAAGCUGGCAUCUCAUCACUCCCUCCUUAGUCAGCUGGUCAUUUUCAUGCUUGGUGUGUUUGUGUUAGUUAUCCCCUUAUUCCUAAUCCUGGUCUCCUACAUUCGCAUCAUCUCUGCUAUUCUAAAGAUCCCUUCUUCUGUUGGAAGAUACAAAGCCUUCUCAACUUGUGCCUCUCAUCUCAUUGUGGUCAUUGUUCACUAUGGGUGUGCUUCUUUUAUAUACUUAAGACCCAAAUCCAAUUACUCUUCAAGCCAAGAUACCCUGAUAUCUGUAUCUUACACAAUUCUCACCCCAUUAUUCAAUCCAAUGAUUUAUACUCUGAGAAACACAGAAUUCAAAUCGGCGCUUAGAAAAGCAAUGAGCCAAACUUCAUUUCCUGUUCAUUAG